CGUCGGGGGCUACCUGUCGUCCACCUCUGCAUAGUCCUCGGUCUUCCACACAGAGUUGAUGCCUCGUCGCCGACGACCACCCCGUCCCGGCGCUCUCGCAGAUGUCGCGCCUCUUCGCAUUUUCACCCAGAUCGUUCUACUCCAGCUUGCCUAUUACCUAUCUGCUGCCAUCCUGAUUCUAUUCACGGCCUUGGUCGCAGGGAAGGAUGUCAACCUCGAUUUGCUGCUUAGUUGGCGCAGUUUGCGCGGGGAUGUAACCGUCGGCUGGAUGCUGGGCCUUAUCUGGAUGCUGAACAGCCUGAUCUGCGUCAUAUACCUCCUUCUCUUGGUCGCUCGCUCUAAGCUGAUCCCCGACUUUGCUCUUACCAUCCACUUCCUCCACCUGCUCGUAACCUCACUUUACUCGCAUUCGAUCCCAUCGCAUUGGCUCUGGUGGGCGGUGCAGCUGGCUAGUGCUGCUUUGAUGACAUUCUUGGGGAUUUGGAGUUGUCAGUGGAGAGAGCUCAGGCCAAUCAAUUUCGGUGGCGGCGGAGGACCCAGUCGCCCUGCGAAAAGGGGAGACGUUCCGGAGAACGAUGCGCAAGCGGAUGAAGGAACGAGCUAUGGGAGGGGUAGGGGCCGGGACAGAGGCCAGUACGAAAUGGUCUCGACUGUGCCUAGUGAAGAGAAUGUAUAGAGUUUGGUCGUUCCUGUGCAUAGUUGGCGUUCUACCGGAAAGAUGAUACCACGGGUCCACCAGAACCAACUGUCUGUUGAGGGUGAAAGGGUUGUAAUUUAUCUAUCACCAAAUUAUGGAUCUCUUUUUCACAAGUGUAGUAUAAAACCGGCCGGGCUUAACGUUAGUGGCGCCGGCUGCGAAAGUGAGGG